AUGGAAAAUUUCUUGUGUUUAAUAUCAUUUAUUCUAUUGUAUUACUCUGGAGAUUGUAUUCAGCCAUAUUUCCCGUCUCAAAUUGUAUUUUCUACUGAUAAUGGUCAAACAAUAAUUGUAAUUGAUGAAAUAAAUCAACGAGCUUAUCAAUCACUUCCUGUUUAUCCUUCAAAUACACAAAGAUCGUUUGCUAUGAAAAAUUUUCCAUAUUCAAUUCCUGAUUCUCCUCAAUCAAAAUAUUACGUUGAAUUAAUAAUAGAUUCUUCAAGGAAUAUAUGUUUUUAUGAAACAUAUUGGAAAUAUGGUGGAAAUAAUUUUAAUGUAUUUCCAUCACAUUGGUUGUUAAAUAUUAAUUCAUUCUCAAUAAAAAAUUAUCUUGAAUUUAAAUAUAUAAUGAUACAUUCAAAUGAUUCUUCUCAAGAUGAAGAUUAUUGGUAUGCAAAUAAAGAAUGUGAAAUUGAUAGUGGAGGCAAAUAUCCAUGUGAAGAAAUUUAUUUUAAAAAAAAUACUGAAAUUCCUCUACGAUUAACUCAAGUUGUUAAUCGAGGACUUAAAUAUAUACGAACAACAACAAAUUUUACAAUAAUAUCAAUAGGAAAACCAGAUGAGAAAUAUUUUGAUUCAAUUCCUAAGAAUUGGCCUACUGUGUGUGAAGAUCUUGAUCUUGGACUUUCAUAUUAUCCACAAUUUACAGAAAUAGGUGUAAAUCAAAGUGUAGAAAUUCACAUAUCUCUUUCUGCUCCACCACAUCGAAUUGACGGGAAUGAUACUGUUCGUGUUCAAUGGAAUACAACUGAAUGUAUUGAUUGUUUUACAUUAUCACCAAAAGAAUUUACUUUUAAUACUAAAAAUUUUCAAGAAAAACAAAUAUUAAGAAUAACUCGUGUUAAAGAUACAUCUCAAACAAAAAUCAUUCCAAUUUUUAACGGUGGAGGUUUCGAUAUUAUUCCACCUGAAAGGUUUUCUAUUCAUCUAUUACAUUAA